AUGCAAGGGUCGGGUUCUGAAUCCAGCGCAGUCGACAGACUAAAGGUGGUUGGCAAACACAUGGCCGGGCCAAAUACUAAUUGUUGCAGUGGCCAUGGGCCUGGAUACAAGACACCAAUGGAUGCCUACCUCAAUGGUAAGAGAGAAGAGAUUGUAUAUCUGCCAUGUAUCUACCGCAACACUCCUCAUGAUAAAAAGCCCGACUACCUGGCCACUGUUGAUGUUAAUCCAAACUCACCUUCUUACAGCAAGGUGAUCCAUAGACUUCCCAUGCCCUAUGUAGGAGAUGAAUUACAUCACACUGGUUGGAAUGCCUGCUCCAGUUGCUUCAAUGAUCCAUCAAAAAGUAGAUCAAAGCUGAUCAUGCCAAGUCUUAAGAGUGAUCGAGUUUAUGUCAUUGAUACAAGUUCUGAACCUCGUUCACCAAAGAUUCAUCAUAUCGUUGAACCAAGUGAGGUCCAUCGCGUAACAGGACUCAGUACCCCCCACACCUCUCACUGCCUCGCUAAUGGCAAGAUCAUGAUCAGUUGUCUUGGGGACCCAAAUGGAAAUGCCAGAGGAGGAUUUGUCCUGAUUGAUGGAGAGAACUUCAAUGUUGUUGGCAACUGGGAGGAGACUGCCGCCUCAAUGGGCUACGACUUCUGGUAUCAACCUAAGCACAAUGUGAUGAUUAGCACUGAAUGGGGUGUGCCAAGGGCUUUACUUCAAGGCUUUGACCCUGCAGAUUGUGCUAAAGGUCGCUAUGGUCGCUCACUGAAUGUAUGGGACUGGACCAACAGAACUCUCUCCCAGAGGAUUGAUUUGGGACCUGAUGGUAUGAUACCACUAGAGAUCCGCUUCAUGCACGACCCAAAAGCAACUGAGGGGUUUGUAGGAUGCGCCCUGAGCUCAACUAUAUUCAGAUUCUUCAGAACUGAAGAAGGAACAUGGGAUGCAGAGAAAGUGAUUGCUAUACCUCCAAAAAAGGUAGAAGGAUGGGCACUUCCUGUUAUGCCAGGCCUUAUCACAGAUAUUUUACUGUCUCUGGAUGACAGAUUCCUGUACUUCAGUAACUGGCUCCACGGAGAUAUCAGACAAUAUGACGUCACUGACCGCAGACAUCCUAAGCUCGUUGGACAGGUAUGGCUAGGAGGUAGCUGUUGCAAGGACAGUACUGUAAGAGUACAACAAGAUGAGGAGCUACAGGAACAACCUGAUCCUUUGUUCUUCAAUGGAAAGCGUGUAGAAGGUGGACCUCAGAUGAUCCAACUCAGUCUAGAUGGCAAACGUCUCUAUGUGUCCACUUCACUCUACAGUGGAUGGGAUAAGCAGUUCUACCCUGAUCUUGUUAAGAAAGGUUCUGUGAUGAUGCAAAUUGAUGUAAACACAGACACAGGUGGCUUGAAGUUGAACCGUAACUUCUUCGUGGACUUUGGACUUGAGCCAGAGGGCGCUGUGCUUGCUCAUGAGAUCCGCUACCCAGGAGGAGACUGCAGUUCAGAUAUAUGGCUGGAUGAGUAACUACGCAAUUCAAAGUGACAUUUAAACAUUUGUUAUACUGCUGACAACUAUAUAGUGACCACUGGGGACUGGACACGCUUGUUCAAUGAAACUGAUAUACAUAAUAUACAGGGUGAAAGUCAAUUAAAACAAUAAGAAAUGAUCUUCUUUCAAAAAAACAUUAAUAAAUACCGGUACAAGAUCAAAAACACAAAAUGCCUACUUGUGUUCUGGUUUAUACAUAUGUAUGUAAAAUAGAAACAUUUAAUAGAUAGUGAUAACUAUUAAAUUAUAAUAAUGCUUUAAUACGCUUGCUUAGGAUCAGAGGCAUGUAGAAAUUGUAUCAAAUGGAAUAUUAUGGAAUAUUCAAAUAAAUUGUGAAUUCUGAACAUGUAUGAAAUCUAGAAUUUGAUUAAAUGGAUUUAAUUUUGCCAAUUCUGCCAAUACAGUUAAGGAACCAAUUUGUUUAAACUAGGCUUCAGUAGCAAUUUGUU